AUGGUUGCGCAAAAUUUACGUCGCAAGACUGCGGUUAUGGAUGAAAUGGAGACCUCUGACAGUGACGUCAAGCGGGAAUUCACCAGCGGGGUCUCUUCUGAAGGGGAUAAUGACGAAGAGGACGACGAUACCAUAUAUGUAGUUGAAAAAAUCCUCGACCAGAGAAUGGGCAAAAACAGCGAAAAGGAGUAUCUGAUCAAAUGGGAGGGCUACGCAGACUCGGAAUCCACGUGGGAGGUCGAAGACAACAUCAUCGACAAGAGCAUACUGAAAAAGUUCUGGGACGCGAAAAACGCCGAAGCAGAGGCACGCAAGGCCAAGAAAGCCGCCACUUCCACGGUCGCUAGUGCCAGCAGCAUGACCGUUAAGGCGCCAGUAGCGGCUACGAAGAAGCCUCCGGCGAAUAAGCGCAGACGUACGGUGGAUGUGCCGGAAGAGGAGAGGUAUGGGGAGGCUGGACCGGACUCGGAUAACUGGGAGCCGCUGGUCAGGGAAAUUGAGACCGUAGAUAGGAUGCCGAAUAACGACUUGAUUGUUUUUAUCGUGUGGAAGAACGGCCAGACCACUGAACAUCCAGCGGAGAUGGCGUAUACAAGGUGCCCACAGGUUAUGCUCAAGUUCUAUGAAGAGCGUCUGCGGUUCCGGUCAAGGGACAUUUAA